UUCGAUCUAUAGCAUCAUUCUCUUGCUCUUUCGAUACCGAGGAGUGUCUGAUCUCGAAGAAGGGAGAGCCAUGUAUCUUCACCUGCCAUCCUCUCGCUUUCGCAUGCCUCAUGCAGCUUCUUCUCGCCAUCCACGGCUCUAUUCGUCCAGGGUGAUUUGCAGUGUGGCAUUGGAGGACAAGGCAAGACUUGGUCAUUGCACCAGAGUCCCCCGAAAUGUCAACAUGGAAAGCCUGAAAAAUGGUUAUCUUUUUCCCGAGAUUUCGAUUCGCGAGGCUGAGCACGCUGAGAAGUACCCGCAUGCAAAGUUGAUAAAGCUCGGAAUAGGCGACACGACACGGCCUAUUCCCCACAUCAUAACAUCGGCCAUGGCCCAGAAAGCACUUGCUCUUUCCACCGAUGCGGGAUACACAGGAUAUGGAGAUGAGCAAGGAAACAAGGAUCUGAGGGAGGCUAUCGCAAAUGUCGUUUACAAAGAUAAGGGAGUGGAGUGGGACGAAGUUUUCGUAUCGGACGGUGCCCAAGGCGACAUCUCUCGCCUCCAGAUGCUCCUGGGAUCCGGAAUGACAAUUGCUGUUCAGGACCCAACUUUUCCGGCUUACGUGGAUUCCAGCAUAAUCGUGGGUCAAGCGGGCAAGUUCCAGGAGGAAACCGGGAAGUUUCAGAACAUCGUGUACAUGAGAUGUUGUCCUUGGAACGACUUCUUCCCCGACCUGGCGACGACCCCACGAACCGAUGUCAUUUUCUUCUGCUCUCCCAACAAUCCGACCGGCACCGCCGCGUCCCGACCGCAGCUUGAGCGGCUUGUGGAGUUUGCCAAGGCGAACGGGUCGAUCAUAGUUCAUGACUCCGCGUACGCUUCGUACAUUUCGGACGAUAGCCCUAGGUCGAUCUUUGAGAUCCCCGGAGCCAAGGAGGUCGCAAUAGAGAUCUCUUCCUUUUCUAAGUUUGCCGGGUUCACGGGUGUCCGCCUCGGCUGGGCCGUCGUGCCUAAGGAGCUGAAGUACUCGAACGGAUUUCCGGUCAGAAAGGACUUCAAUCGGAUCAUGUGCACAUGCUUUAACGGCGCAUCGAGCAUCUCUCAGGCAGGAGGCCUAGCUUGCCUCUCUGCAGAUGGUUACCAGGCUCUCUGCAGAUCCAUAGACUACUACCACGAGAACGCAGACAUAAUCAUCGAUGCGUUCACGUCCCUCGGGUUAAAAGUCUACGGCGGCAAGAACGCGCCAUACGCGUGGGUGCAGUUCCCGGGCCGGAGCUCUUGGGAGGUGUUCAACGAGAUCCUGGAGAGGGCCCACGUCGUGACCGUCCCGGGGGCCGGGUUUGGCCCCGGCGGCGAAGGUUACAUAAGGGUGAGCGCGUUCGGGAGUAGGGAGUGCAUGUUGGAAGCUUCAAGGAGGCUAAAAUCUCUGCUGAAGUGAUGCCUCUUUGGUUACUGUGAGGGUUGCUCGUUCUCAUCUGGUUCCUGUAAUACUCCUCUCACCUUGGAGGUUGUAGCUUGUGGGUGUCAAAUGAUUUUUCCUUUUUUCAAUAAAGGAACAAACGGCGUUCUUCUGAUG